UUAGUCUUAGCCUUAGCCUUCUCGUUGAACAAAUUUUACCAACUAUACCAUGACGUCCGUUCCGCGAGACGAAACCCACAGCUCGCUGGUCUUAAAUGGCGGACUAAAGGAAUCCCCUCUGCAAGUCACGUACAUCAAGCUGACUAUAAAGAUAAUGCUUUGUGCACUACUUACGCAACUGAGCCCGCGUAACUCAUGCAUCUUUCUGUUGGCCGUCCUCGAGUUGAUUUCAUCGUCAGCCUUCACAAGGAUGAGUAAAACCACACAAAUUCACGAUAUUGGAAGCAUCUUUACUUUGGCCAAUAGCGAUUUGUCCGUCGUUGAACAAUCUAAGGAUUUGUCAGUAAAUUUCCCAUUUCGCUAAUUGAUCAAACUUUUAUCAUGUGGUAACGUGAUAUAUCCGACAAUCUGACUCACGGCGAUUUGAAAUACAUCAACAAUCCACAUAUUUUCUGUAAGGUUUGAGAAUUUAAUGCCGACAAGUAUGCUUGAACAGGCCGCUUCCCUCCUCUUUACAUAUCAUAAAUAGUCCAUUA